AUGCGACAGGCAGGACAGUCAAAGAAAGUUGCCGAAGCACGGUUGUCAUUCGAGGAGCGGAAAACCUUUUUGAAGUUCUAUUUGAAAUUCGAGAACGAUGUGGAAGUACAACGACAAUGGAGGCAUGGCACCCCACCGCACUUCCACCAAGACGUGAGAGCUUACCUCGAUGAGAAUUUGCCAGGACAUUGGAUAAGACGGAGAGGUGUGGUUGAGUUUCCCCCACGUUCUCCUGACUUAACACCCCUUGCCUUCUACCUAUGGGGGACCUUAAAGGAUGUGGUGUACGGUAUUUUGGAAAUAUUUGCCGUGUCUCAGGGGAUUGUUGGAAUAAGAGGAGUUUUCAGCAACUCAUUUCUAGCCAUGUCGAAAAAAGGAAAACUACAUGCAACUCCUAAAUUUACAGAUGACUGCAAAUUUAUGGAAAGGUAUCAGGAAAACAGCUAUAACACCUAUGCCUCUGCUACUUACAGAACUGAAAAAACAGGGAGAAGGUGGUACGUGGCUCUUAAUAAACGAGGCAAAGCCAAAAAAGGUUCCAGCCCAAGAGUGAAACCUCAACAUAUAUCGACACACUUCCUCCCCAGAAUUAAGCACAUAGAGCCUCCUGAACUGUCCUUUACUGUAACAGUACCUGAAAAGAAAAAGACUUCACCUGUACCUGCGAAACCCAAAACCAUAAAGCCACCACCGAAGAAGAACAGUAGCCCUGUUAGAUACAGGCUGAAGUUCCGCUUUGGAUAAUUUGUUACAUGCUCCCUGUCGUGGUAAAAAUGUUCUUACUGUGCUGGAAGUGUGACAAAUACAGCACAGCAGUGGGGUUGUAUACUGCACUUCACUUCUGUAUAAAAUAACCAAUGAGAUUGCCCAGGUCUAAAUGCUGAUUGGAGAGGUGGUUUAUAUGAUAGUGGGUUUGAGAUUUCUCAGUAAGUGCAAUACAGUGGUUCAAAUAAACUUCCAAAACUAUGAUCUGGGAAGACUGUCCAUAAAUGAUAAUUUGAUGUAAUAAAAUAUUUAUCAUAUGAUUGCAAGAGGAACUUGAAAGACUGACUAUGACUAGGUUAAACCUAACAUAAAGUUAUUAACCAAAAGUGAUGGCUAACACUCCAGGUACAUAAUUACUUUUAA